CGGGAUUUUAGCGUUGUCAAAUCCAAUGUUUUAUUUUAUUGAUAACAUUGCAAUCUGAGAUUUCAUAUUUUAUUUAACCAGUUUUGAUUUAAAUUAAAUGGUCAAGUACCUUUUUUAAGUAAAUAUUAUUUAAAGUAAUGUAUUCGCCGCGACAAAAAAUUCUAUGGUUCGCUUUUAUUACCCGAAUUACUGUAAUAUUUUUACAAGCAAUAUCGAAUCUUCUUAUACCGGACCACGACGCCAAAGUAUUUGUCAGUCCUGAAGACCCGACGCUGCGGAAAACCUAUGCUGAUUCCAUUGUAGACAUGUUUCUAGGCGGCAUGAAGAGAUGGGAUGCGCAGUACUUUAUACAUAAUGCACAAUAUGGGUACACGUAUGAAAACUGUCUUGCUUUUUUCCCGUUAUUUCCUAUGAUUGUAAGGUAUGUUGCAUAUGGGGUAUGCAGUUUAUUUGGAUCAGUAAUCAACUUUCAUAGUGCACUUUUGAUAUCUGCUACUAUUGUUAAUAUUCUGAUGUUUAUCAAAUCAGCAGAUAUAUUACACAGUUUGAGUUUGAGAAUACUCAGAAGUGAAAGCAAAGCAUAUAAGUCAUCCAUACUGUACUGUGUCAAUCCAGCUAGCAUAUUCUUUACAGCACCUUAUUCAGAGACUCUAUUCGCAUGGAUGUCUUUUUAUACAAUGUUAAAAUGUACAGAAAAUGAAACAUUGAGAUUUGCAAAUAUUGAUAUAACAAGUGGUUUGCCUGCGGGCUUCUCAAUGAUAGCUCGGUCCAAUGGAUCUGUUAACCUAGGGUUUAUAAUAUAUACUAAUUUCAAGAAUGUAAUAGAGAGAACUUUGCCUGAGAUUGUGUACAAAUAUAAAACUCUAAAACGUAAAAUAAUAAUUCCAUUUUUACUGCUGCCACUGUUCACAUCCAGUGUGGCAUUAUUUUUGACUGUGAUAAUAGCAUUGAUUCCAUUCAUGUUAGUUCAGACAUAUAAUUAUUUCAAAUAUUGUGUUCCCCAUGACCACAAUUUGCCAGAGUUCCUCUCUAACUCAGAGUAUGUCCUUCCUGGAAUGGCGGAGAGCCUGUGGUGCAACUACACAAUCCCUCUGUCUUACACAUAUAUACAAGAUCAUUACUGGAAUGUUGGUUAUUUCAAAUAUUACAAAUUAAAACAGAUACCUAACUUCAUGUUGGCAUUUCCUAUCUUAUUCAUAAUCAUAUAUCAUUGUAUGUCUUAUAUAAAAAACAAUUUUAAAUUAUGUCUAAGACUUGGAUUGAAGUCAAAUAUAUUUGGUUAUUUAAACAAGAUGCCUUAUAGGCCAAAGCAAUAUACUAAAGGAUUUGGGGCCAAUGAUCCUACAAUGUUUGUAUAUAUAGUUCAUGUCAUGUUUUUAACAGUGUUUUGUAUUGUUUUUGUGCAUAUUCAAGUAUCUACAAGACUUUUAGCAUCAGCUAGUCCUGUUCUAUAUUGGAUAUGUUCUAGCAGAAUGAAUGUCAGUCCGACACCCACUGCAGACCAAAAUACCAUAAAUGAACACUUCCGGCGAAUUGGUGUUGGGAAAAGAAUACCUACUCAUCACUUGUCCAUUGCAAAUUUGGAGGGAGUUGACAAUAUGUAUAGUAAAUGGAAAACAUUCAUCAUCACUAGACGAAUGCCAGAUUUUCAAUCACGACUAAUGCAGUACUAUUUCCUUGGAUACUUCAUAAUAGGCACUAUAUGUUUUUCCAAUUUUUAUCCGUGGACAUAGAUUAAGUUAUAACAUAUCAUCUUUACGUAUCAUGUAUUCAGGUUUUAACUUUUUGACAUAUCAUUUUAUUUAUAAAAUAGAAUUUAACAUUCCACUAGUCAUUAUAAAUUUUAGUGUAAUCACAACAAAAAAUAUAUUGAAAUGUUCAAUAAAAACUAAUAUAAAAUCUAUUGUAACUAAAAUACAUACAAAUUUAAAAAAUAAAUUAAUAUUUUUUGUCAAUUAGUAUUGAAGUAUAACUUCUCUAAAAGUAUAAUAGAUUUUAUAUAGUUUAAAUAAGUUAGGAUUGCAUUUAAUUUUAGAUAGCUGAAUUGUCUUGCCCUCUAGAGGCUAGUGACAUUAAGUUUGUCUUCAUAAAUAUGAAGAGAGUAUUAUCUAAAAUCUAAUUGAAUAAACAUUUUUAACACUUUCUAUGAACAUUAUGAAUUCUAUAAGAAGUUAUUGAAUAAAUAAUAUUAGGAUUUUAUAAUCUUGUUCAACAUUUUCUGCUUGAAUAAUAAAGCUGGGGCCUUCAAUGGAAGUCCAUUUUUAUUAAUGGCAUUUUAACUAGUAAUAAAUUAAAUAUUGCCUUUUCAAGUUAAGAUUAAGACAUUAUUAAAUUAUUUAUUAUAGUUUAGAAUUAUAGAUUCUAGUCAUUUACAAGCUGGUCGACAACAUUUUGCUUUUUACUUUAUAUGUUUUGAAAAUAUUUGGAAAAGUUCUUACGGUCGGCUAUCUGCCUGACAACAUUCCACCUUGGGAAUGUAUGCGAAAGUUGUUAUGGUUUUGUCCCUAAUGCGCUAUCGUGCUACUAUAGCAUAGAGUGUCCUAUUUAUUAAAGGUACAGUCAGCCUAGCUAGAAGAUAUCUGGGCCACCUCAUGUUUAUUGGUUCACUACAUAAGGCGAGGUGACACACGUAUCUCUUAAGCUGAUUGUACAUUAAUAAAAUCACGCCUCUUCCGCCCGGGUGAGGGUAGGCAGAGAAGACUAAACAUUAAUCACUUCUCCUUCACAUUCCCGUCAUCCAGGCCUUCGCCUUUCAACAUUCACACUCUCCUUAUAUAUUUCUAGUCAAUUUUUAUUAAGUUUCAUUCCCUUUCUUAUUCUUGUCUCUUUAUCGUCUUUCACAUCACAUUACUCCUAAUUUCACAUCAACCAUACUCCAGGAUUUCAUUCAUCCUUAAAUCCCUCUUGCACCUCUAUACAAUAAAUUCGUAAUUCCAAUCAUAAAAUCUCGGCUGUAGAGGAUGUCACUUGUUUAGUUGUUAUAAACCUUUGGUCAUGGUAUUACAAAUAUUGCAUAUUUUUUGUUAUUUUAUAAAUAAAAAAAAUGUUCUAGGAUGUGUCUGUAAUGUAAUGCUACCUCUUGUCCUUUCAAAGCAAAUGCUAAGCUGGUAUUUUGAGUUAAAAACUUUGUAUAAAGUUUAUUGUAAAAUCUUGCCUACCAGUGCCAUUGUAGUUAGAUAUUUUAUACAUUUCUAUAAGGAUUUUUCAUUUUGCUGUUUUUACAGUUUAGCCAUAGCUUUUGAAUUACGUAAUCAUAAGUCUAAUUUUAAGCUUGGGGAAUUGAUAUGAGCCAUGUUAUUUAGAUCUAUAUAAAAUAUUUUUCAUAUAUCUUACCCAUUGAUUAUUCUAACGCACAUAGCAGCUUAAUCAAUCGAUUGCACACUAGCAACCGUCCAUUUUGUAAUAGAUACACAGAAUGAUUAGUACCAAAGUGUGUACAAAACGUUCAUAAGCCAGAAGACCGUCAGAAAUAUCACUCUUUUCCCCGUACAUUAGAACAUUGACGCGUAUGCAAACCACUUUCAAUGAAAUGAUAGGUAAUUGCGGGAUGUACUGAGUAUAUAAAAAAACAAGAUCAAAUACGUGACAAUAUCUAGGUAAAUAUGUCACUAAAAUUUGUUUUUGUUUCCGCUUGUAUUGUAUAGUCUUUUCUAUCGGUUUAAGCCAAAUUUUUUAUGGUUGUGAAAUUAAUAAUUAAAUAGAGUAGUACCUAAGCACAAUUCUUCGUUUCAAAUUGAAA